GUGUAGGUAUGAAGAAGAUUGUGUUGUAUUUGCCACGAUAGAGCACCACAGCGGCAUCAAGUGCCAUGUGUUUUUAGCGGUUCCUUCUAAUUACUUUCUCCCUUCCAUGGGUAAACGUGUAGUCAAGUUGGACGGUUUACUCGCAGUUGUGAUACUGCUGUAACUAUAUAAAACGGUUGACAUUUGCAACUAUUUACAUAAUGAGCGAACAGUUAAGGCAAGGAAUUUUGGUCGGUUGCGGAAACCCAUUGCUCGAUAUUUCAGCAACUGUGGAUGAACAUUUUUUGCAAAAAUACGAUCUAAAGCCAAACGAUGCGAUAUUGGCUGCGGAAAAGCAUAUGCCUCUCUACAAUGAGUUAGUGGAGAAGUAUAAUGCUGAAUUUAUUGCUGGUGGUUCGGUGCAGAAUUCCUUACGCGUAUGCCAGUGGAUGUUGCAGAAACCGAAUACGGCUGUGUUCUUCGGUUGUAUUGGCCAUGAUAAUUAUGGCGAUAUUCUAGAUGAACGCGCACGUUCCAAUGGUGUGGAUGUACAUUAUCAGCGCACCAAUGACGCGCCGACUGGCACUUGUGGUGUUCUUAUUACCGGCACACAUCGUUCAUUGUGCGCCAAUUUGGCAGCGGCCAAUCAUUUUACUAUAGACCAUUUGCUUACACCAGAAAAACAAAAACUCGUAGACAAUGCAGAAUAUUUUUAUAUAUCCGGUUUCUUCCUUACGGUUAGCCCACCAAGCAUUCAGCACAUUGCCCAACAUGCGCACAAACACAAACGCACUUUCCUUAUGAAUCUGAGUGCACCAUUCUUAUCGCAAUUCUUCAAGGAACCAUUAAUGGCUGCAUUACCAUAUGUAGAUAUACUCUUCGGCAAUGAAUUGGAAGCGGAGGCAUUUGCCGCUGCACAGGGUUGGGAGGACAAGGAUAUGAAGGAGAUUGGCAAGAAAAUGUUGGCUUUGCCGAAACAGAAUUCCAAUAGACCACGUAUAGUGGUGUUGACACAGGGACAUCUACCCGUAUUGCUUAUACAAGAGAAUUCCAUUGAAGAAUAUCCAGUUGAACGAUUGGAGUCCAACGAAAUCGUUGACACAAAUGGUGCUGGUGACGCAUUCGUUGGUGGUUUUUUGGCACAGUACAUACAAAAGAAGCCACUGGGCAUUUGCAUACGUUCUGGUAUAUGGGCGGCAAGACAAAUUAUCCAGCGUAGUGGCUGCACUUUCGAUGGUGUACCUGAUUUCAAAGAAUAAACAUAAAAUUUACAGGGAAUCAGUGAAAAGACAACAAAUUUGUUGAUGUUAAUUUGCGUCGAUUCGCAUGCUUCGGAAACAAUAUUUUUUAUACUACUUAAAGAGCCACGUACGAAUUAUUUUCUUGUUUAAACUAAUGCCUAUAACAAACGCAACCACCUUGCAAGCACGAAUUUAAAUUGCAGAAAAGCAAUAAAAUUAUCAUGAUAAGUGAUUUUGAUGGCAAUACGCUUGAGGGUGCAUAAAAAUGAAUCUUCUUCUUUACAAAAUUAUGAAAAUUAACUAAUAAAAAUUGGAAAUAACAGUUUAACAAUAAUUGUAUGUAUCUAACUUGUUUAUUGGAUUUUCUUGGGCUAUUUCCUUAUUUAUGAAAUGUUUUUUACUAAAAUGGGUGUAUGGGAAUGACAUAUAGUUAUAUGGGUUCACAAGUACUAAACACGUUUUAUAGAAUCUUGUAAUACAUUUUUUGUUUCAAUAUUCUAAUAAUUGUAAAAGUAAAAAUAUUUAAAGACAAUAAAUUUAAUUUUGAAGAUUUGUCAAUCUUUUAAGCAUUAA